AGCAUUUUGCUUAGUAAUUCACACGCACACUCGCAGUAAAUCGUGUUCCUCCCCGUUGCCUCCCCUCAGCAUUCGCCCUUCCUUCGUUACUCACUCUCCCCCUUUACAAGGAACCAGCUUUCUCAAUCCUCUGCUUCUCAAACAGAAACGCAGUAGAAGUCUCGCAACUCUCUCGUUAAAAUGACCGUUUUCCCGCUGCUCUACGUCCAAUGCAACCCCCUGCUGGAUGUGUCGGCGCCCGUCGAUGACCACUUCCUCGAGAAGUACCAGAUGCAGAAGUCCUCGGCGUCGCUGCUCGGCGAGCACCAGAAGACCAUCUUCGAGGACCUGGAAAAGCUGCCCCACGUCACGCACGUUCCGGGCGGCUCGGGCCUGAACACGGCCCGCGUGGCGCAGUGGAUCGCGCAGAAGCCGCACAGCGAGUUCACUAACUACGUGGGCUGCGCCGCGGAUGACCACUACGGCAACAUCCUCAAGACCGCGGCGGAGAAGGAUGGGGUGCACAUGCACCUCGAGUACACGACCAAGGCCCCGACGGGCUCGUGCGCCGUCUGCAUCUCCGGCAAGGAGCGGUCGCUGGUGGCGAACUUGUCGGCGGCGAACCUGCUCUCAUCUGAGCACAUGCACAGCGCCGACGUGCUUGAUACGCUGAAGAAGUGCAAGCUCUUCUACCUCACCGGCUUCACCCUUACCGUGGACGUGGACUACGUGCUGCAGGUCGCGGAGGCGGCGCGGGCGGCGAAUGGCCAGUUCAUGAUGAACCUCUCCGCGCCGUUUUUGCUGCAGUUUUUCUCCGAGAACUUUAUGCAGGUCGUACCGUACGUCGACGUCAUCUUCGGUAACGAAGACGAGGCGAAGGCGCUGGCCCAGCUCAUGAAGUGGGAGUACACAUCCACGACCGACAUCGCGCGGCGGGCGGCGACGGAGCUGCCGUACAACGGCUCGCACGACCGCCUCGUCGUGCUGACCCAUGGCAGCGCGCCGACCGUGUACUGGAACCGUAGCGGCAAGCACGGGCAGACCGACGUGAAGCCCAUCGCGCAGGACGCCAUAGUAGACCUGAACGGCGCGGGUGAUGCCUUUGUCGGCGGGUUUCUCGCCGCCUACGCUUUCGGCCGCGAGGUGGAGCGCUGCUGCGACGUGGGCAACUACGCCGCAGGUGUCAUCAUCCAGCACGACGGCUGCACCUACCCCGAGAAGCCGGAGAUGACUCCCUAA